CGCACCGAGCCGCGUGCGGGAGUCGCCAUGUCUUGGAUCUUUGGUUUGAACAAGGGGAGCCAGCAGCCCGGCUCCGGUGACACGGGAUCCCCUGUACCGCCCGUGCCCCCAGCCUUACCCCCUGCCGGAACCGGAGGGGGUAGCGAUGGCUCUGACCGCGACCGGCAUAAAGACAAAUGGACCAACUUCGACCCGACCGGCCUGGAACGCGCGGCCAAGGCGGCCCGGGACCUGGACUCAUCCCGUCACGCCAAGGAUGCCCUGGAUCUCUCUCGUCUCCAGGAGCAAACCCUCCAAAUGGAGCAUCAAAGCCGCAUCAAGGAAUAUGAAGCUGCUGUGGAACAACUGAAAAGUGAUCAAAUCAAAGUUCAGGGAGAAGAGAAGCGGAAAACACUGGCUGAAGAAACAAGGCAACACCAGGCACGAGCUCAGUAUCAGGACAAACUAGCAAGACAACGAUAUGAUGACCAACUCCGCCAGCAGCAAUUAUUGAAUGAGGAGAAUUUGAGGAAACAGGAGGAAUCUGUUCAGAAACAGGAAUCUAUGCGAAGAGCCACCGUUGAACACGAGAUGGAGCUCCGACACAAGAAUGAGAUGCUUCGAAUUGAGGCUGAAGCUAAAGCCCGUGCGAAGGUUGAGCGAGAGAAUGCUGAUCUGAUCAGAGAACAGAUCCGGUUGAAAGCUGCAGAGCAUCGUCAGACUGUCCUUGAUUCCAUUAAGACAGCUGGUGCAGUGUUUGGAGAAGGAUUCCGUGCAUUUGUUUCCGACUGGGACAAAGUGACAGCUACAGUGGCUGGGCUCACACUACUGGCUGUUGGUGUUUACUCUGCCAAGAAUGCUACAGGAGUCGCUGGGAGAUACAUUGAGGCCCGUCUGGGAAAACCAUCGCUGGUUCGCGACACCUCCCGUAUCACAUUAGUGGAAGCAUUGAAGCACCCGAUCAAAGUUGGUAAGCGUUUGAUGAGCAAGCCACAAGAUGCACUGGAGGGAGUGGUGUUAAGUCCCAAAUUGGAGGAACGUGUCCGAGAUAUUGCCAUUGCAACCCGAAACACCAAAAGCAACAAAGGACUAUACCGAAAUAUCCUAAUGUAUGGGCCCCCGGGAACAGGGAAAACCCUCUUUGCUAAGAAACUAGCUGCACAUUCUGGCAUGGAUUAUGCUAUUAUGACGGGUGGUGAUGUCGCUCCUAUGGGUCGUGAGGGUGUCACGGCCAUGCACAAAGUUUUUGAUUGGGCAGCUACCAGCAGAAGAGGGCUUUUGCUGUUUGUGGAUGAGGCGGAUGCGUUCCUUCGAAAGAGAGCAACAGAAAAAAUUAGUGAAGACCUGAGAGCGACAUUGAAUGCAUUCCUGUACCGGACAGGGGAGCAGAGUAACAAGUUUAUGCUAGUGUUGGCUAGCAAUCAACCAGAGCAGUUUGACUGGGCCAUCAAUGAUCGUAUUGAUGAAAUUGUUAACUUCGAUCUGCCAGGACUAGAAGAGAGGGAGCGAUUGGUCAGGCUAUAUUUUGACAAAUAUGUCCUGAAACCGGCCACAGAGGGAAAACAGCGCCUGAAAGUGGCACAGUUUGACUAUGGCAAGAAAUGCUCGGAGCUUGCUAGAGUUACUGAAGGGAUGUCGGGCAGAGAGAUUUCCAAACUUGGAGUAGCCUGGCAGGCUGCAGCAUAUGCCUCUGAAGAUGGUGUUCUGACUGAGAUAAUGAUCGAUUCCAGGGUGACUGAUGCAAUUCGGCAACACAAGCAGAAAAUGGAAUGGCUGAAGAAUGAGGGCAGGGAGAAGACUAAAAAUGUAGAGCAUCUUGUGCCACCCCUUCCAGAGGGCACACUGGUCUAAGUGUCAAACAGAAUGACUGUACCUUGCAGCUGAGCUAAGAACCCUGGAACUGAACUGAACUACAUCAACGUAAAAACAUGCUUGAAUAAGCACUCUGCACUCUUAAGGGGUAUUCAUCAAUGACUGUCCAAUGAAAUGAAAAGCUUUGCACAUGAGUUCAACCAGACAGCAGUCAUUUGAUGCCCUGUUGGACCUCCAGCUUGCCCUCAGCAAAUUGUCUGUACGUUUUGAAACCGGUCGAAAGCAGCUUGUGAGAGGAGAUGUGAAUUGGCGUCUCUGUCUGUCACACCAGCUGUAGCAUCUGUGUGUCCUGUCAUUCACUGGGUAUUCAUUGUUUAGCCUGACCUGGGAGGAGUAUGUGAUGGUGAACUCUGUGUAGUUAAGUAUCAAUGUGGAGGAGCAGUUUUGCGUUGAUGUGUGUUUUGGUUCUGGAUUCCUCUCAGCACUGGCCAUGAUUUAUAAUCUCAUUGGAUUCAUCAUGUUUGAGACCGAAUCCCUUAUUGUCCACCUACCUCAAAUGUACUUUUGAAAAUGAACAUUUUCACUCAUCUUUCAAUAGCGAUUCCUACAGAUUCACAGCCAGGUACAGUUGUGAUGUGAGUAAUUAUUGGAUCACAGCGCAGAGGGUCACUGAGCUGAAUUUUACGGUGAGAAAUUAAAACUGCCAUAUUAGAGUCACUAAACUUUUUCAAAUAAAGAAGAAUGAGGACUAACUAGAAACUCUUUCUCCAUUGUUAUAAUCCCAUACAGUUGUAGCAUGUUAAUGUCAUCUGUAUAGAAUUAAAUUAGCCUCAUGGCUGAGUCCUUUAUAGCUGUCCUUUUCAUCUCCUCACCAAUGACUCUGCGAAAUAUCUGAUUAUGGAAUUCCUGUAAGUGGGAUUAGUGGAGAGAUGGCCGCCUUAUUUAGCUGACUGCACAAACACCAGAGCUAGAAUCUGAGAUUUUUGAUGUUAAAACUUGAAUAAAUGAAACACUAAUGUAUCCAAUUUCUACGAUAAAUCAUUUUAAAAACAUAUAUUUUGCAGAAAUUUAUUUCUAGAACUGUUGCUUUCCUUCAAAGUAAAAAUUAAAAUCAUGCCUCAAAGUUAAAAUAUUCUGUGGCCUUGUGCUGACCCAAAAGCAGUACUGAUUGCAUUGGCUUACAUCUAAUUUUCAAUGAUUUUUAUAUGAAAUAGCAUGGCCCUUAACAACAAGAGGUCUCCUUAGUUAUUCCUAUACCUAUCCCUUGCCCAAAAAUUCUCAUCCACCCUCUUUCAUGUGUCUCUGAACUUGACCGAUUUCAUACAGGGUGUUGAAUAUGGCACAGAGACCUUAUUAGUCCCCUUCAGGCAGAGAAACCUUUUGUGUUUACUAACACUGGUGCCCAAGUCGAAUGAGGAAAGCCAUGUCUUAGCCUCCCUUACAAAGUGAACUUGUACUUUGCCAAACCUAAAAGGAAAGUAGGCAUUUUUAAGAGCUGUUAACGGUGGAUAACAAAUUUUGGUCUUGCCAACAAGGAACGAUGAAACAUUUUGAGUCAGCUAUUGCAGUAAUUGAUCUCCAACUUUACACUAGUGCUACCCACAUGAGAGUAAGGAAAGCAUAAAAGGAGAGAACAUCAAAACAUUCCUCCCAGACACUUUAAAAAAAAAAUGCCUUGUAUGUGCCAAACUAUUGACAUAAAGGAAGAGUAUUAAUUUCAAAUCAGAGAACUCUGUCCUCAUGGGCCAAUAGUUAUAGCCCAUGGCCAGAGUUGGAUUUAUCUGGAGCAGAUGGGUAGGAGUGUGAAAAAGGCAGUAGUUUCCAUACUUCCAACCUCUAUGUCUCUUUUGGCUUUCAGUGAUGACUACUGCAUUAUAUUUGUGCAUGUUGAGCUGUAGGCCAAAAGCCUGCUUUGGAAUUUGGCUUGUUAAAUAUUCAAUAUUGUUUAUGAUCAUGGUUCCCCUCAAAAGUCAACCCUAUACAGAUGUAUGGUCCAAAUGGGGAUUGGCUGCUUUGAGUUUCUAUUACUGCCAAGAAAAAUCCAAUCCCGCUUUAGCCAUCUUGUAAAUUACCUUCACCUGUCUCUCUCCCCAGAGUAGCAGGGGAAGCAGAGUUGCUGUUGAAGAGUGUGUGUGAACUUCAUUGAAGUAACAAAAUGAAAGUAGCAAGAAUACCUUAACAUUAUGUUUGGACAAGGAGGCCAAGUAGGGUUUCUGGUCUGUUGUAUGUACAUCAAGUAAAACCUGAUUUGUUGAAAUGAUUCUAGUGAUUUUACAGUCUUGCAUUUCCUCUUGUACAUUGAUUAUAAAGUGAACAAUAUUAUUUAAAA